UUUAAAAGAUUUUUAAGCACAUGAAUGUACUUGGAUUUAACAAACGCAUACACACAAAUAUAAACUAUCAUUCAAAAGUUUGGGGUUGGUAUGAUUAGUCUCCUAUCCAAGGCUGCAUUUAUUCAAUCAAAAUACUGUAAUAUAGUGAAAAAUAUUAUUGCAUUUUAAAAUAACUGCAUUCAAAAAGUAUUUUAAAAAUGAGUGUAUUCCUGUCACCACUUUAAAGCUGAAUUUUCAGUAUCAUUACUCCAGUUUUUACUGACACAUGAUAAUUCAAAAGUAAUUAAUCAAUGGUGAAAUAAUGUGUAAUAUAUUUUGGAAACUGUUAUACAUUUUUAAGGAUUCUUUGAUGACUAGAAAGUUCAAAAGAACAGCAUUUAUAUGACAUAGACAAUUUUGCAGAACUGUAAAAGUAUUUAAAGAUCUGCAGUAAAAAACAUGUCAUUGUAUGAAUCCCAAUUAACUGUGUAAAUUAUGCAGUGGUAUAUAAGUUAAAUAGAAAUAGUUACGUCUAAAAGUUUAAUUUCCUGUGUAAGCCAUGCUCGUGUGCAAUUCUAUCCAAGUACAGAUCAUUUUAUAAUUUCAAGAUAUAUACUACUAGUGCCAAUGAGUUUAAAUGGUAAUAUUGCAGUAGAGCCCAGCUCUGUGCCUCUGUCUCAUCUCUGUUUCCUCAGAUUCAACCUGCUGAAGGCCCUACAGCCUAAGCACCGCUUGCAACAAAUGCUGUCGUCUCCCACUGCAUCCCCUGUACGGAGUCCAGCACCUGUCAGUAACCGUGAUCCCUAUGGAAAUGCCUCUCUCAGCAGCAGUAGCAAUUCAGGGUCAUGCAAGGGCAGUGAUGGAAGCCCAACCCAUAGGCGUCACAUAAAAUACACCUCCUGCAAUGAUAACCAUGGUAUCCGACCCCCUCCACCUGAGCAAUACCUUACCCCGCUGCAACAGAAAGAGGUGUGUAUCCGACACCUCAGAGCACGGCUCAAAGAAACCAUCGAAAGACUACAGGACAGGGAUACUGAGAUUGAUGAGUUGCGUACUCAGCUGUCUCGUAUGCAAGAGGAUUGGAUAGAAGAGGAGUGCCACCGUGUGGAGGCCCAGUUGGCUCUGAAGGAGGCUCGCAGGGAGAUCCAGCAGCUUAAGCAGGUGGUCGAUGUCGUCAGAUCUAGUCUGGGAGACACCGACACUGGAGUGCAAAAGUGCUUCCAAGACAUAAACCUCCAGAACCACAAGCUGGAGUCUUUAUUGCAAAGCAUGGAGCUGGCUCAGGUCGGGACCCCCAAAACAGGCGAAACCCUGGCAGGUGGAGGGGUGGUGGGGGCAGAGCUGGAGGUCAGCGAGGGCCUGGUGGAGUCUUCUGAAGGCUCCCCAGCUCGCUCGCUUACCCGCAGCUCUACCUACACCAAGCUAAGUGACCAGACUGGCCAGGAACGUGGCAGUAAUGAAAAUGGGUGUGACAUUCCAUGUUUGUCAGGUGAGGGCACGCAGGACAGCGGGUUUGUUUGCUGUGGAGAAAGUGGAAGAGGAGCAAGCAAAGCAGACCUGCUCCUGGAGGCUGCGUUUUUGUCUCAAGAGACGGCCUCGCUGCUUAAUGCGUACUCCCGCCUGCCACACUCCUCCACCUAUGAAGCACUGAGCAUCAGCGAGCCGAGAGUUGUGCCACUCCGCUGCAGUGGGAUCGGGACAGGGACAACUGUCAGUGUAAGUCAUCCAUGUCUGUCGCAUCAUCACCUAUAUCUACAUCACCUGCGUGAGCAAGGCAUUCAAACCGACUACGACCAUGCCCCUGCUUCGGCACCUGCUCAUGGUCCCAGUACGUCCUUUAACUCCGAUCUGGACACUAUUGCUGAGCGUACCUUCCGCUCCCAGGCAUGCAGUCCGACCUCUACCUGGAUGUCCGAUGAGGGAGAUGAUCUGGAGUCGGUAGCCACAGAGUCAGCCAUUACGGCAACAGUUGCCACAGUUUCUGUCGUAACAGACUUUUCCACUAAGUCUGCACCAGCUAUUGCAAUGGAGCCUUGGGCAUCAAAAGGACCUGCGACUUUAGUGUUGGAGUCUUCUGUCAAGGAGACAACUGUUUCCGAGAUCCUUACAGUCUUACCAAUCACCACAACAGCUUUGACCACAGACACCAUGGGGUCCCAAGUACAAUCUCAACCUGUGACAGACCCUUUGCCAAACCCUGGCACCUCACCUUGCUCCAUAGAGCCAUUGUUUGGCAUUGAAGGAGAGCCCCUUCCACAGACCACUCAGCCUCUUAGUGUACUAACAGAGGCUGGGGUUGAAGGGGAUCAUGUCAUUAAUAUAGGCACAGACGAUGAAGAUGAGGUUGAUGAGAGUGCGACGAACACAGAGUCCAAGUCAUCUGGCUGUGGUUUACCAGCAAAGAACUACUGGAGCCGGCACUUCCUAGUGGAUUUGCUUGCGGUGGUCGUGCCAGUGGUCCCCACAGUAGCUUGGCUCUGUCGGGGUCCACACCGUGUUGGUCAGCCAAUGUACCAUAUUGGUUCUCUCUUGCGGGGUUGCUGCACGGUGGCCCUCCAUUCCCUGCGUCGAGGAGGAGGUAUUCGGCACUACCCCGCAGGAGGAGGUGGUCCGGGGGGAAUGAGUAUAUGAGACCAGCUCUUCUUCCUGGAGAAGCCUUAAAGCCAGUGAUAUCACUGUUCUUCUGUCAGAUGUCCAAUUAGAAAGCGGUUAACACAUGUAAAAAUAAUUGAGGCAACCAGAGGAAAAAUGGUGUCUGAGCACAGCACCUUAACGCUGUGGUUCUCUAUGGUCUGUAUCCUGGAUAAGAAUGAGGAAGGGGAAUCACUAGCAUGUAUUUACACCUACGAAUGAGAUGCUUGUGAAGUUCAGGACUUCAAACGAGCUUUCACCUUUUUCCACAACUACUACCCUGAAUAAAGAGGCGAGAAGAUGUGUUAUGAAUGAAGGACUGACACAAUGACAUUAACUCAGCUUUGUGAGUGACACUAAAAGAUCCCCUUUAAUAUGAUUGUAUUACCCUUAUUUAGAGUGGAGAGACGCAAUAAGUGAAGGGAAGAAGCUGUCCUUUUGUGCGUCCCUCUUACUGUCAACGCAGAGGGUGUGCGUCGUAUGUGUGUGUAUUGAUUUAUCUGAGCGAGUGUUGUGAUGUGUUAAUGUACAGUGCCGCCAAAGUACCUGGAUUACUAAUGGCCAUCAUUGUUGUAGCCGUGAGUGCAGUAGUUAGCUGUCCCAUUACUUAUGCCUGUGUGGCGUAAGAGCAGAACAGUCAUCUUUUCCUCUUAAGGAGCUGGACAAGCGCCUGCUGAGCUAUUUAUAUGCUUUGCAUAUACCACUAGUGUCCUAGAUAAAUGCUGUCACAUGAUGAUACUUAGCCCAUCUGGAGUCUUUUAGAUAAUGUAUUCUUUAUUCUUGCUCAAUUAUGUGGGAAAGUUUGAUGGUUCAGACAUGCUCUGUAUAGUUGGAUGCUAAAUUGUGGGUAAUGCAUUUUAAGUAAUAAUAUGAACAGUAAGAAAGAUUCAGCGCUUAGACAAUGAUCAGGGUUAAAUGACUUUAAUAGGGUCACGGAAGCUUUUUCACCACAAAUUAAUUUUUUGAUUUUGUUUCACUGUGUGAUUUUUCACUGUGUGACCAUUAAAAACACUGUCAUAGCCAGAUGUUUUCGAUGAAAUUCUAAUAGGUCUAAUUUUCAUGUUAGUCUAGGUUAAAUAAUUACAGCCUGAAUAAGAAAACAGCUGAACUUAAUUUAGUAUUACACCCUGCUAAACAAAACUAUAAGUACUAAUGUUAUUCAAUGUUAGUUAUUGUGUUAUUUCUGAAAUACCAUGCAAUGUAAUUCCACUAAAAAAUUAAUUUUGCAUUCUGUUACUUGGUUAAAAAAGUGGAAUAUACAAAUUGAUGAACUAUCUAAGCUUGAAAUUUAAAACAGUGAAAAUAAAUUACAUAUUUACUGCAUGCAGAAACAAAAUUCAGUUAGAAUCUUCUGCUUUCAGCUUUUUCCAAACAUUUGGCAAUGACUUUAUGUACCCUAUGAUGUUUAUUUAUUUGACUGACAGGUGACGGGUGGCAUUUAAUGACAUGUCGAUUGCACUAUAAUUCACUUUAUAAGCAAUUACUUGAAGUAUACUUGAUUGUGAUUAUGAUUAUUUCUGUCUGUCCAAAGGUCAAUGCAUACAUGUGGAUUUGUGGUUCAGGGUUAAGAUUUCACCAAUACCACCAUUUCAAAAAUCAACACCAAUUCAUAAAUUCAUGUGAAUAUUUAUGCUUUGUGUAAAUGUGACAGCUGGAUUGAUUUGCCAGUCAACAGUGUACCAGAUAAUCAGACGGAUGAUCACUGUUGUAGUAAUUUGUGUCUCACAUACUGUUUUCUCUUCUGUCCCUUGAAAUCAUGCCGCUGCCUUUCUGUCUACCUCCUCCCUCUGAUAUUGUGUACAGUAUAGUGUGAUAUAGGCUUUAUUUGUUGUCUAUCUGCAAAGUUCUCCUUUAAAUAAUUUGCUUGAUGUGGCGUCUGUAAGGUUUUUCAGCGCUUGAUAUUCAUUUUUUUAACUGCUUGACAAUCUUAAUUUGUGCUUUAAGUGGUGGUAAGUGGGCAUAUAUGUCUUUAAUUUACAGUCUAUUCCCUGCACUUUUUCACCUCAUUCCAACUGAGCACUUAGUAAAGAACCUUACUAUGGAUUUAAAGAAAUAAAGGCAUAUAUGUUCCUGAUAUUA